AUGAACGAGGAGAUGAUCCGAGUCGAUGGAAUGGCAAAGACGCAGCAAGACGCGUGUAGUGAAGACCCGCUCGCUCAGCUUGUUGGUUUUAAAUGCCUCUUCUUCGACCCAGUAGCGAGCGCUGUAAUGUGGAUCAGGGAUGGAGCGCAACUCGACGACAGCACUAACCCACAGCGUGGAAGAGCGAGCUACCAGCUGCACGUGUAUCAGCGCCCGGUCUUCAAAGGUCUUUGGGUGAUACUUUCCAUGCUUUUGACCCUGGCGAAGACCACGUCGAGUGUCGAACUUCCUGCAGAGCCAACCAUCUGGAUGAGGACGUGGCUACCAUGCUGCGAGCCUCGCCAGCAGGUGGACCAAGUGGGAACUGAUCGAGAACUAGACAGUCGUGACGCCCGAGCAGCUGGUCUCACGCAUCGUGCGCGUGUGGCUCAAGUCGAUCCGGCAGGGAGACGUAUAGGUUCACUCACAUGA